CACAGAUGCUGACCCGCAUGCUGCCCCGGUUCGGUAGGCCAUUGAUAGUACUAACUGAAAGGAGCUUAUCUAGCAAAGCAACAGCACCAACGUCGCGAAUACCGGCAGCUACGAUAGGGGUGAAAAAGACUAAACCGUUUGAAGCGUUACUCGACGACUAUGCAAAGUUUCAUUGGGAUGACACUGUCACUGAUAAAGAUCCGUUGGUUGUUUCACUUCGUGAGCGAUUGCUGAAGGGAGAUCGAUCAGCUUUAGCAUCUGCUAUCACACUUGUUGAAUCGAGGAACUCACGUAAACGUGCCCAAGGAAAUUUACUGCUUCAUACCGUAUUAGCAGCAGAGCGGAAGCGUUAUGAAGAAAAAGGCAAAGAUGCCAUGAUAUUCCGCAUUGGUAUAUCUGGAAGCCCCGGUGUAGGAAAGUCGUCGUUCAUCGAAGCUUUAGGGAAAGAGCUCACUGAAAGGCGCGGGAUGAAGAUUGCUGUCCUUACUAUUGAUCCUUCAAGCUCCGUAACGGGAGGAUCUGUACUGGGCGACCUGACAAGAAUGCAAGAAUUAUCACGUAAUCCGAAAGCUUACAUCAGGCAAUCCCCCACAAGCGGAUCGCUUGGCGGUGUAACAAGAGGUAUCCAUGAAGCUAUUAUUCUUUGCGAAGGUGCUGGUUAUGAUGUUGUCAUAAUCGAAACUGUCGGAGUUGGUCAGUCAGAAGUAUCCGUGGUGGACAUGUGUGAUAUGUUUUGCUUACUUCUUUCUCCAGCUCAUGGUGAUGAAUUGCAGGGUGUGAAACGUGGCAUAAUGGAAAUCAGUGACUUACUUGUUAUUACGAAAGACGAUGGAGAUAUGAAGGCCCGAGCGAAGCUCACUCAGGCGGAAUAUAUCUCGGCCUUGAAAUAUAUGCGACCUAGAGUUGAGGCGUGGAAGCCUAAGGUCUUGCGGUCAUCUAUACAUGAUCCGGAAUCAAUUCAUGCAGUGUCUGACUGCAUGUUUGAAUUCUGGGAGACUAUCUCAGAAUCGGGUGAUUUGGAAGAUCGACGUACUAAGCAGAUGACGACAUGGAUGUGGGAUCAUGUUAGAGAAGAGCUGUUGAACGUAUUCAGAAAACAUCCGAAAAUUGCUCCCUUAGCUCCAGCUUUAGAAGAAGAUGUACGCUCGGGAAGGACAACCCCUGGUCAUGCAUCUGAAGUGUUGAUUAGGACAUUCCUUGGUCUGUAGUUAAUCUUGUUGUUAUAAGUAUAUGUGCCUUCUAGUUUCGCCUUAUUUCCAUAGAUUUGCUCAAUUGAUCUUAUUUUUGAUGAGUUUAUGGCUGCAUUUCCUCUUCUUCGAUUAACACUCGAAAAUUGCACGUGCGAGCUUGGAUCAUAAGUAUUGUAAACUCCGCUCUUUCUCCAAGUAGUCUACAUAUGACCGGUGAUUCGGGAGUAGUUAGCAUAGUACCGGUAAUAAUUCGGCUCCUAGCAGUCUCUAGUUUAGUAUUUCUUGCCAAAUCACCUACUACGAGUAGAUUUCACAUCAUCACAAUUCUAUGUGACUUACCAGACAUGAAUAAAUAAUUAUUAAACAAUCUACAAAG